CCUUGACCUUCCUUGUUACCAUCAUGUCGGGCAUCGAAAUUGCUGGUCUAGUCUUUGGUGUUGUACCGGUCGUUGUCGAGAUUCUGAAGUCUUACAGCACAGCCAAGCGCAAAUUGGCCACUUUCUCACGGCAUGCAGAAGCUGCACACGACAUCCAGCUGAAGUUCGACGUAGCGGCAGCGAACUUCAACAAUGAAUGUCGCCUUCUGCUGCAGGCGACCAUAGCAUAUCCGAGCGAGGUCUCAGAGAUGAUGGAGGAUCCGACGCACAAGAGCUGGCAAGAACAAGGAAAGGAGAUUGAGCAGCGACUGCGAGAUUUGAUGCAGCACGAUUACGAGCUUUGCCAAAACAUUGUGACGCGACUACGCGAUAUCCUCCGCGAGACACGGAAUAGCCUGUCCAAACUCGAGAACAGCCUGGGCAACGCAAAACAGUCCCAACACGAGUUCGCACAGAAGCUCUGGAACGCCUUCAACAUAUCGCGCAAGGAGAACGAAUACCUUCGACAGCUGGAUUCGUUGGAGAGGUGGAACAAGUCGCUGGGCAAGCUGUGUAAGCAGAGGCGUAAGCUUCAGAAGCGUCGCAAUGUUCCUGCGGCUUGCAUCAUCCGCAAGGCCGUGCCAAGGAGCUACCAGCAGAUCCGAGUCGCCUCACAACAGUUAGGAGAGUCUAUCCAUGACUCGUGGUCUUGCACGAACACCUCUCACAGUGGACACCAGGCGAAGUUAUCGCUCGACGCCAAAAGCGAGUACGAUAACGUGCAACUCGAUGUUGUCAUCGCUUGCCAGCCAAAGCCGAAUACGGCAAUCCAAAAUCUAUCUAGCGACGUCCCAAUAUGGUUGCAAAUUCGGUCCAUUACAUCCCUCGCGAUGUGUAGGGCUCCAACGUUACCUCCACCGGCACUAGCGAACGCGUUAUGUUGUGGGAUCAACGACGUGUCGGGAGUUGCGACCCCAACGCCGCCCAUCAAAGCCAAGUCAAAGAAAAGAGUCCGAAUCCAUGAUCCCAAAGACAACAGUAAAUGUGUUCGAACACCACCAGCAAGCCACGCGUUAGCAACACAAGCCCAAUCUUUCGUCAUGCUAGAUCUAAAGACAACAAAAAGCGUAUGCUGUCAUGUAACGAGAGUACGCUUAUCUACAUCGGCAUGCCAAGAUAGCUGCGUGGGGUUUCUUGAAGUCGCGAAGAGUCAGCCAACAACCCGCUUCAUGUUCUACGAUGCCAGCAAGCUCGCGACCAACGAUGUGCCUUCUUGCAGCCGGCGACAAGGAGCGCUACCGAUCAAGAACCUCGUUCAACGCUUCCAGAUCCUGCAAAAGAUCACACUCGCGCAAAAGUUGGCUGAGGCUGUUCUCCAAUAUCAUUCCACUUCUUGGUUGCCGCAAGCAUGGACUCUUCAAGAUGUAGCAUACUUCACGGAUGAAUCUCAAGCCGACGCGAACAAUAUAUUCAAUGCACUGGACAGCUUGCAUCUGAGCAACCGCUUUCCAGAUCCAACUUCGUCAGAAACCGGGUCACAGCAAUCAUCGCUUGAUCUGAAGCACAACUUCGGCAUCCGCAACCUGACCCUGGCUAAACUCGGCGUCGCGCUACUAGAGAUAUGCGCUCAGACGGAUAGCACGACGCCGCAGCUGGAGGGGUCCCCUCAAAUCCGUGAGAUCAUCGCCGCGAGAAAGCUGCUUGAUGAACAGCAUCAUUCGAUCAUGACUUUAGGCUCGCGGUACCUGGAAGUCGUGCGCAAAUGUUUGUAUUGCGAUUUCUCCUGCGAUGAUGAUCUUCAUGGCGAAGCGUUACAGAGUGCGGUGUACACCGAAGUCGUGUGUACGUUGCAGGACAUGAGGACUCAGUGGAAGAAGGUCUUCGGGCUGUGAAGCAUGAUGACGAGUCUCAUUCAUCUCAAACAGCUAGUAGGGAUUGCGUAGAUUGGGCUCUCUGAGAAGCUAAAGACUUGUUCCUCCGAACGAUACAGAGCAUGAAUUGAAAGGCUUUAUAGUCGUAAUCUUAGAUCAGCAGACAUGUCAGCUCUAAGCAGCAUGUGAGAUAGAUAGUCUACAACGGGCUAUGACACGGAAUAUUAUCUUAUCAUUAAUCAUG